AUGUUGUCAAAAGAAGUCUCGUGUCAACUUCGAUAUCCUGAUUAUUGGGAAAGAUCAUAUUCACAAUGGAGGGUGGACACCUGGAAUCAGUUUUUCUGUAAAAAAGUUCCCGGGACAACAAAGCAGAUGUCAUGCGAUGCUCUAGUAAAAGAACUAGAAAUUCUGAUCAAUAACUUAAAGCCAAGAUCAAAGGAAAUUCGAAAAGCAUCAUGGUUAAAGCGUGAACUAAAGGUUCUUCGUCUACUGAUUCCGGAGGAGGAACCGGUUAUGAGGAUCUUACUCACAACUUACUAUGUAGAGGCCUAG